GAUCCUCUCUACAUGAGGCAGGCAGUCAUGCGGAUGGGAACAGGAGUGGGCAUCCGCUGGAUUUCAGAAAGAUUUAACUUAGAGGGAAGAUGCACGAAGAGAAGGAUGGCACCGAAACAAGCUGCAGAAGUACGCGGGUUCUGGCCUCCAGGUCCGUGGAUGCGCCCGAGUUGGAUGGAGCGAAGGAGCAGGCCUCCAGGCUGUGCGGCUUCUUGAACAAACUGUCAGGCAAGGGACCCCUGAGAGGUUACAAGCCGAGGUGGUUCGUGUAUGAUUCAAGGAAAUGUUAUUUGUAUUACUUCAAGACUCCCCAAGACGCCUUGCCUCUCGGGCACAUCGAAAUAUGCGAUGCGUGCUUCAGCUACGACGUGGAGGGGGAAGAGGGGCAGUUUGAGAUCCGCACUGCCGGGAAGGAGUUUCUCCUGAAGGCCCCCAGCAGGCAGGUGAUGCUUUAUUGGCUCCAGCAUUUGCAGCAGAAGCGCUGGGAGUACAGCAACACCCGAGGGUCCGGCCAGGGAGACAGCUGGAGCUCCCUGACCCUGGCCUACCCUCGCACCGGUCUCGUAGGCAAAGACAAUGAUGCCUUUGUCCUUGAGAAGCUAAGUGAGAGUAUGGAGAAGGUCCGCAGCGAUUUUGCCAUGGAGACAGAAUCAGAUGGUGAGGGAAUGGUGGGGAUCCACAUGGCCAGAGGACCCUCUGCUGUGUCCACAAGCCCCCUCAACUUCUCCCUCAAAAACUUUGGUACAGAACUCAGGAACUCCAUGCUUUAUUUGCGGCAAGGCAGAGGAGGUGAGAACAGGCGCAGCGUGUUUUACGCCGGCAGCAACAACACAGAGGAGUGGGAGCUGGUGGAUGCUCCGCCCAAGGACUUCUCUGAACCGAAACAUCAUUCAGACACACACAGACAUUCCUUUGGGUCAGCAUUUACAUUCGACUUUGUUCGGAACUCGUCGCGUCAGAAGAAACCUUUCCUGCGAGACAUGAUGAGCUCUGGGAGGUCCGGGCGCAGCACUGAGACGCGCAGUGCUGAGACCUCUCCGGUGGAGUGUAAUGGCAGUAAAUCUUUGGAGAUGCAGCUUCGCCUUCAGAACCAACAGGAAGAAGUGAGCCGUAUGCAGCAGGAACAGGCCGAGCUCAGAGAGGAGCUGGCUGGUCAGAAGGAGCUAGUUAGACUUUUGCAGCAGACCCUGAGGACAUCUCAGAGUGACAGGCCAACAAUGUGCCCUCCAGCUUCAGACCAGAACCAGACUUCAGCCAUAACCCAGGGAGAGAACACCCAGUUGGAGACAUUGCUUCUGGAAAGAGAUGGACAGAUCCAGUCCCUGUGUGGCCACAUGGAGCGUCUCACCCUGGAGAAGGAGAGCCUGCAAGCAGAACUGAAGGGCCUGAAGAUUAAGGUGGGGGAGAUUAAUGACCAGCUGGGGAUGCUGAUGGAGACCAUCCAGGCUAAGGAUCAAGUCAUCAUGAAGCUGUCGCAGGAGAGCUCUGAGCACAGCGGCAAUCCAAAUGAAACCGGUUCGUCAUCUCCCAAAAAAGAGCAGCAGGAGCUGGACAUCCUCAAGGACAGCCUUCAAGGCUACAAAUCUCAGAACAAGUUCCUGAACAAAGAGAUCCUGGAGCUGACAGUGUUACGCAGAAAUGCAGAGGGCAGAGAAAAAGCUUUAGAAGCAAAGUAUAUAGCCCUGGAGGCCAAAUUGUGUCAGGUGGAGAGUAAGUAUCUGGUGCUGCUUCAAGAGGUGAAGAACCCGGUGUGUUCUUCUGCAGAGCAGAGCCCUGCUCGUGAGGUCAUUUCCAGAUUAUUAGAGGAUGCACUGCAGGCAGAGAGCUCUGACCAGCAAGAUCACCCUAUCUUCAAACCAAAUACUGUCAGUGAGUAUGACGUGUAUGGCUUCAAGACGGUGCCUGAGGAAGAAGAAGAGGAGGAGAAGCUGGAUGCAAAGGUGAGAGCCUUAGAGCUGAAGUCCCUGUCCAUGACAGAUCAGGAGGUGUCUGUGGGAGUUAAGUGGGAGAACUAUCUUGCCAGCACAAUGAAUAGAGACCUGGUGCGCUCCCCUGAGCUCAAGGCCCUGAUCCGCUGCGGUGUGCCCCAUGAGCACCGGUCCCAGGUGUGGCGCUGGUGCAUCUCUUUCCACGUCAAGAAGUUUCGAGAGAACUUGCCAACAGAUUAUUAUGAGACCUUACUAAAUGUGGCCCGGGAGAAGCCCAACCCUGCCUCAAAGCAGAUCGAGCUGGAUUUACUACGCACUUUGCCCAACAACAAGCACUACGCCUCCCCCAGUGCAGCCGGUAUCCAGAAACUCAGGAAUGUCCUGGUGGCCUUUUCCUGGAGGAAUCCAGACAUCGGCUACUGCCAGGGACUAAACAGGCUGGCUGCCAUUGCCUUGCUCUAUCUGGACCAAGAGGAUGCCUUCUGGAGCCUUAUAGCCAUUGUGGAGGUCUUUAUGCCAAGGGACUAUUACACCAAGACUUUGCUUGGCUCACAGGUUGACCAACGAGUGUUCAAGGACCUGAUGAACGAGAAGCUACCCCGGCUCCACGCGCAUUUCGAGUACCACAAGGUAGAUUUCUCCCUCAUCACCUUCAACUGGUUCCUGGUGGUGUUUGUGGACAGCGUGGUGAGUGACAUCCUCUUCAAGAUCUGGGAUGCCUUUCUGUAUGAAGGACCAAAGAUCAUAUUUCGUUUUGCCCUCGCUCUGUUCAAGUACAAAGAGGAAGAGUUUUUGAAGUUGUACAACUCUACAGCCAUCUUCAAAUAUCUUCGAUACUUCACACGCACAAUCUUGGAUUCAAGGAAGCUGAUGAAUAUCGCCUUUGUGGACAUGAACCCAUUCCCCCUAAGGCAAAUCCAGAACCGCCGCUCCUUCCACUUAGAGAAAGUCCGUCUGGAGCUGACCGAGCUGGAGGCAAUCAGACAGACCUUCCUCAGGGAGAGAGAGACGAGUCAGGAUGGACGAAGCUUUGUCAGCGAUGAUGAGGAGGACAACUGACCUUAACCUAACGCACAUUUUCUGGCCAUGUAGCUUAACAGUGAAGACAAAGAGAUCAACUCCCCACAUCAGUGAUGAGUUGGAGGUGCAAAGAUGGGAUUUUUUUCCCUAGUGUUGGAGUUGGUCUCUGACUCAGCGCUUUUACAAUCAACUUUAUACUUUUUGAGCAAAUUGGAUCAAAAGACCAAAACAUUAAAGACCAAAUGGGCGUUCUAUCAGUAUUCCUGCCAUUUUUUUUGUAAAUGCCUUAUUUGUUGUAUGCUCUGUUUAUGUGAUGGUAUACAUGUCUUAUGGCUCUUCACUCUGCAAUGCCAAGCGCAACACUUUCUGUUUGAAUCAGUAUUUUCAAUAAUUAUGGCUGUGAUUUUUUU